CCUUUACUUAUUUCCUCUGUUUCAUUGCGCGUAGUAGAGAAGAGAGAAUUAUGGACGACUCCAGUGACCGGUUUCCAAUCGGAAUGCGUGUUCUCGCCGUCGACGGCGAUUCCACUCAUCUCUCGGAUUUAGAAACUCGUCUCCGAUCAUGUCAAUACCACGUAACGACAACUAGUCAAGCAAAAACGGCAUUGACUAUGUUGCGAGAAAACAAAGACAAGUUUGACCUGGUAAUCGCUGAUGUGCACCUGCCUGACAUGGAUGGACUUAAGCUGCUUGAACUUGUGGAACUUGAGACGGACCUUCCGGUCGUCGUAAUGUUGUCUGAAUCUAGCGAUAAUGAGCUAGUGAUGAAGGCAGUUUUCCAUGGUGCCUCUGAUUUUCUGGUGAAACCUGUGAGAUUACAGGAGCUAAAGACCAUUUGGCAGCAUGUAAUUCGGAAGAAGAAGGACAAUGAGGACCUAUCAGCUCAGAAGAAGUCCCAGUCUGUUUGGUCUGUGGAGCUGCACCACAAAUUUGUUGCUGCUGUUAAUCAGUUAGGCAUUGACAAGGCUGUACCUGAAAAGAUUCUUGGUUUGAUGAAUGUUGAAAAUAUUACAAGGGAGGACGUGGCGAGCCAUCUCCGGAAGUAUAGACUUAUUGACUAUGUGAAGAAAGUUAGCUCUGUGGCAAACCAACAUGCUAGUAGUUUGGUGGCAGCCUCAAGGAGUGCAGAUCAGGAUGAAGACAAAGAUGAGGAUAAAGAGAAUGGUCAUGACAAUGAGGACCCAUGAGCUCAGAAGAAGCCCCCUGUUGUUUGGUCUGUAAAUGUCAAGCGAAUGCAUCACAACAAUAACUAGUUUUUUUUAUUUGAGGUUUAUUUCAUGACUUCCGUUUUUUCUGGAAAAACCUCCUAUUCCGCCAAAGAGCAAGUUAUGAUUGGUAGGUUUUAAUCUUUUUUUUGGUUACAAUUGGUAGGUUUUAAUCUGCGAUGCGGUGUUUUUGUUA